GUUGUUUGGACACAGCUGAUCGUUCCCCUGCCUGCUAGACAAAAUAAAACAGGCCAGGCUAGCUGGACGCACAGUUCCUCGCCUGGGGAGCAGGGGACCUGUCGGGCCACAAACAAGAGAGGACUACGGAAACGGGAACCAGGGAGCUUCUCUUCUCUUCUCUCUUCCAGCCAUGAAACUCUGCAUUGUCGCGGCUAGCUAACGUUAGCAUCGUCCCGAGCGACAGGGACCGAUGGCCAAAGAAAUCUCUGCGGCGGUUAGCUUAAAUGUCAAUGUUGUUGUUUAUUAAAAGCCACGCUCGGUCACCAUGUCCUGUUCCGGCAACCUGGUUUGGGAUGUAAAUAAACGCCUCAUUGGCUACAGCGAGCCCAACAUCAUCAGGACGAACUAUUUAGGUAGAAGAGAGUUUGUUCAGAAACUGAAACUAGAAGAAACGCUGAACGUACACGAUGGCUGUGUGAACACGAUAUCAUGGAAUGACACGGGAGAGUACAUCUUGUCAGGUUCAGAUGAUACCUUCCUGGCCAUCACCAACCCCUAUAACAAAAAGGUCAAAAAGUCAAUACGGUCCGGCCACCGGGCCAAUAUUUUUAGUGCGAAGUUCAUGCCUCACACCAACGACCAGGAGAUAAUCUCCUGCUCCGGGGACGGAAUCCUGUACUACACCCGCACGGAAAAGAGCGCCGAGUUCAACAGACAGUGUCAGUUUACCUGCCAUUACGGCACCGCCUAUGAGAUUAUGACAGUACCAAAUGACCCCUACACCUUUCUGUCGUGCGGGGAGGACGGCACAGUGCGAUGGUUUGACCUCCGGAUGAAAACUAGCUGCACGAAAGAGGACUGCAAAGAUGACAUCCUGAUCAAUUGCCGGAGAGCGGCGACGUCCAUCUCCAUCUCGCCGCUGAUGCCCUACUAUCUGGCGGUGGGCUGCUCGGACAGCUCUGUGCGCAUCUACGAUCGACGCAUGCUGGGCACCAGGGCCACGGGUAACUACAUGGGCCGGGGGACGACGGGCAUGUGCGUGAGGUUCGUGCCUGCUCACCUGUCCAACAAGUCGUGUCGUGUGACGUCGCUAUGCUAUAGCGAGGACGGCCAGGAGGUGCUGGUCAGCUACUCCUCCGACUACAUUUACCUGUUCGACCCCAAAGACGACCAGGCCCGAGAGCUGAAGGGGCCCUCGGAGGAGAGGAGGGAGGAGCUGAGGCAGCCGCCAGUGAAGCGCCUCCGUCUGCGAGGUGACUGGUCAGACACCGGACCCCGAGCUCGUCCCGAGAGCGAGAGGGAGAGAGACGGGGAGCAGAGCCCCAAUGUGUCUCUGAUGCAGAGGAUGUCGGACAUGUUGUCACGCUGGUUUGAGGAGGCCAGUGAGGCUCAGAGCAGCAGAGGGACUCGCCCUCAGUCGAGACCUCGAGGCACAGCUGUUCGCCCCAAUAUUCCCGCUGCCACUGCAGGUGCCUCCAGCCAGGGGACCGGCGCCCUCGAGAGGCCAGUGGCGGCAGAUUCCCCAGACGUGCGAACCAGUCCUGCCGCGGCAGCACCCUCGCCUACGUCGUCUUACUCGUCUGAGUCAUCGUCAGGUGCUGCCCUACCUCCCUCUUCCAGCACGUCAACAGUCGAGAGUUCAGCCCCGUCCUCCUCUGGAUCCGGGUCCCGGAGGCAGACCCCCACGACAGGAACCGCUGCAACGGUCGUGUCGGAAACGGCAGUCUCGGAGUACGGCCCUCAUCGGCUGCCCAUAAGUUUAGUGUGUAGGCGUUUGCAGAGGUUACUUCGCCUGGCCGACCCCCCAGGACAGGGGCGGCGAGCGGCCCCUUCUUCUGCCUCCUCCUUCUCCUCCUCUUCCUCUGCACCCCCAGAGAGACAGUUGCAAAGACUGGCUGCCACUGCUCCUCCUGAGACGCAACCCCAUACAGAUUCCCCUUCGUCGGUGGUAAACAAGCAGCUGGGAUCCAUGACGCUGGAUGAGCAGCAGGGAGGCGCAUCGGUUUCGCGGUCCGAUGACGCUCCUCUGCCAGCAAUCUGCAGCCCUCCCUCCACUUCCAGCACCGGCCGAUCCAGUGCGGCGGAACCGGUGCUCAGCCUGCACUACAGCUCGGAGGGAACCACUACCAGUACCAUUAAGCUGGACUUCACUGACGAGUGGAGCAGCAGCACAUCCAGCUCUCUGGGCAGUGGCGGUCCCAAAGCUUCUGACACAGUGCAGAGCCAACAGAGUGUAUCCACGGAGAACCCCGUGGUGGCACAACCUACGUGUGACUCCUCAGGGCAGCAGAGCGGGACGUCGGCCAGCACAGCUCCUCCGUGCGACGCCCCCUGCUCCAGCGCCCGUGACAGGUCGGCUGCCAGUGUCUCACCGGGAAACACCACGGAGAGGAGCCCUGGUGACCCCCCGGAGGACACUUUGGGUGACUGCCGGAGACAGGAGCCCUCGGGGGAGGAGGGCCCAGAGGUGGCGGCGGCGUCGGCGGCGGUGGUAGGAAACCAGAGUCAGCCCACAAGGGGGAACCAGGACUCUGACGACAGCGACGAUGACCCGAUCCUCAUCCCGUCAACCAGGUUCAGAGGACAGGGCCAGAGAUUAAAUUCCAGAGGAUCUGCAGUAGGAGAUAGAAUGAUCAGGCGCUCAGCGGCAGCUCGCAUCCAGGAGCUGUUUCGCAGGAGGAAAGAGAGAAGGGAGAUGGAGGAGAGCGAGACGCAGAACAUCAGGAGGCCAUCGGUCAAAAUGGUGUACAAAGGCCACCGCAACUCCCGCACUAUGAUCAAGGAGUCCUGCUUCUGGGGAAACAAGUUUGUGAUGAGCGGCUCCGACUGCGGCCACAUCUUCAUCUGGGACCGGCACACCGCCGAGCACCUCAUGCUGCUGGAGGCCGACAACCACGUCGUCAACUGCCUGCAGCCGCACCCCUACGACCCCAUUCUGGCCUCAUCGGGCAUCGACUACGACAUCAAGAUCUGGUCGCCGCUGGAGGAGUCGCCGUCUUUCAACAGGGUUCUUGCUGAUGAGGUGAUAACCCGGAACGAGCUGAUGCUGGAGGAGACGAGGAACACAAUCACAGUGCCUGCUUCCUUCAUGCUACGAAUGCUGGCGUCCCUCAAUCACAUCCGAUCAGAUCGUCUCGAAGGCGAACGGUCCGAAGGUUCGGGCCAAGAAAACGAGGACGAGCAGUAGAUGGGUGACUUUUAUUUUUUUAUUUUUCCCCUCUGCUGGAGAGCACUUCUUUGUACAAGUGUAGAAUACUACCUUUUGAAGCCCCACUUUCCCACCACUUGUUUUUUAAAAGACUUUCUUACCAAUGUUUAUGUAAAAGGGUUGACCAAUGUGUGCUUGAAUGCAACGGCGUCCUUAUACAUCAACAGUGAGAGGUGAGUGGUUUGUAAGAUUAAGUGCAAUAUUAUUAUUAAUAUUAUAUGUCGGGAGCGUGUUCGCAUCAUUGGUUUUCAGUGUUAUGUUGGUUUUGAAGCAAUGUAAACAAGGGUACUUUAUUUGCUUUUGUUGGAGAGAACAAAAAUAUGGAUGGUCUCGAUAAAAUCUUUUACAAAAUUUAGAAGAAAAAAAAAUAAAGCUACAAGGUAUCUGAACGA